AUGUGGAUCGGAGGCAGACUCAGGCAGAACGUCCUGAGUUUUAACUGCGUCAACGAGCGCCUCACCACAAUCCGCAUAAAGGCUAAAUUCACCAACAUAAGCCUGAUAUGUGCACACGCCCCCACGGAAGAGAAAGACGAUACCACCAAAGAUAAUUUCUACGAGCUCCUCGAAAAAACCUACGAGCAAAUCCCAAGCUACGACAUUAAAAUUGUCCUGGGUGAUUUUAAUGCAAAGCUAGGAAGAGAAGAUAUCUUUGGAAGCACAGUCGGAAAGCAUAGCCUGCACGACAACACAUCCGAUAACGGAUUCAGACUAGUCGACUUUGCUGCGGGGCAAAAUGUUGUCAUAGCAAGUACGCGUUUCCCGCAUCUCAAGAUUCAUAAAGGGACAUGGAAAUCUCCAGAUCAAUCAACCGUCAACCAGAUUGACCACAUUGCGAUCGACGCUAGACACUCCUCCAGUAUUAUGGACGUCCGAACGUUCCGAGGAGCCAACAUUGACUCUGACCACUACCUGGUUGUAGCCAAUGUACGGAUGCAGAUUUCCAGACCAUCGCCAACACAAGGAAAUACUGUGAGGAUGUUUAACGUCGGGCGACUACAAUCGCAAGAGAUUGCCAGGUCCUAUUCCGAUCGUGUCUCGAAUAAUCUCUUAAGAAGUCCUACGCCGCCAGCAGCAAGUAUAGAUAACCAGUGGCAGCACUGCCAAGAAGCCAUUAGAGAUGCCGCCUCUGAAGUGCUGGGUUUCACAAGGCCACCACAACGAAACCCCUGGUUUGAUGAUGAAUGCCGGCAAGCACAUGCAGCUAAACAGAAAGCAUACAAAGCGGCGCUGCACAGAAGGACCAGAGCUGCCAAUGAGCUCUACAAGCGGAAAAGAACAGAGGAACAUCGGCUUCUCAGGAGAAAAAAGAGGCAACACGAGAAAGAAGCGAUCGUGGAAAUAGAGGGAUGCUAUAACAGGAAUGAAGUUCGUAAGUUUUACCAGAAGGUAAAAAGAACAUCUCAGGGGUAUAAACCUAGAACUGAAGCCUGA